UUGAAAGAGGGCGUUUUACCAAGACCUUCAGAAACGGCCAUUUUACGUCGUGGUAAUGAAACCCCUGGAAUUUAGUGAAUAGCCAACUUUGGCAUGAUGCUGCAGUUUCCUACAUGUCACGUGAUUGAUGUGAAAAGAUGACUGAUCUGGAUACAAGUAUUUAAGACCUCCGCAAUCUCUGCAGUGUUCUUUCAUCAGUUGGGAUUUUCUAGAACACAAGACAAAACUUUUGUUUGAUAUUAAUCAUUUAAUUUGCUUUCAUUUGCUCUUUGGGAUCCAAAUUCACUUUAGGACAUCAGAGUCCAUAGGUUCUUCCAGCCUUAAAGAAGACCUGAGCCAUCAUAUCUGGGAAAACUGAAAUCAAACAACAUGUCUAAGAAAUCAGCAGAGAAAGCAGCAGCAGAAGAACUGAGGGCAACUCUACAGUCACCACUGACAUUAACAAUUACAAUAGUGAUCGUUGUAGUAGUAGCUUAUGUAUUUAUGUCAGGAGUAGGUGAAAGCAUAGUCGGAGCAGCAGCUGGAGCAGCAGCUGGAGUGUGCAUUUUACACUCACGGUGGGAAGAAGAAGAAAGAACAGACCUACUAGCCAUAGUAGUAACGGGAGGAACAGGAGGCAUAGCAGGAAUAGUAGCAGCAAUGUUGCGAUCAAUGGUAGGAGAACGUUCACUAACAGGAGCAGCAGUAGUUGGAACGAUAGCAGGAGCUGCAAUAGUUGCAAUAGCGAAAAAACAAUUACAACGGUUUAUAAAAAUAGUCAAGUAUUUUAUAGUUGCAUUGAAACUGUUUGUAGGAGUAACUCUAGUAGGACUAGUAGGAACUCUAUUAAAAUGGGUAGGAAAUACAGUAAAAUGGGUAAAAGGUCUAAUAAAGUUUGCAGUAUCCCAAAUAAAAGCAGCAGCACAAUGGAUUACAGAAGCAGCAAAAAAAGCAUUCGACACAUUAGCAUCAUUUGUAACAUCGGGAUCAGCAGCAGCAGGAGUAAUAGCAUCAGUAGCAUUAGCAUCAGGAUUAGCAGCAACAGGACUAGCACCUGGAUUAUUUGGAGGAUUAUUGGGACUUGUGUUAGUACUUGCGGCAGGAGCAGCAAUUUUUGGAUCAGACGGGAGAAGACACUCAAACCAGCAGCAGACUCAAGGAGCAGAUGUGAUGUUACCAACUGCUGUUUUUUUACUUUUGGUUUUAUUUUGUUUUCUUGUUGCAUCUUUGGGUGUGUUUCGAUGUUGCUGCUUGGUGUUUCUCUUCCUGUUCCUGUGGUUUCUGCUGUGCUACCGCUCUGAAAGGCACUGAUCUUUGAUCAUUAAGAAGGCGACCAGUAUAAAAGCCUCAAAAAGAGAAACUAAGGACUUUUGUUCACCUGCAUCAGUCAUCCUUUCGGCCUAGCUUAUUUCUUUUAGCCUUUACUGUUGUGAAUUCAGUGCAGGCUACUCUUAUUAUUGUAAAGUCAAUGUUUUGCUACUAAUGUCACUUCUGUGUACUAAUGUAAAAAAAAAAAUUAUUUUUAUUUUUAACUUUCCCACAACCCACCCAAUGAACAUAAAAAAUAAAUAAAUAAUAAUAAAAUAUAUUAAUGUAUAAAAAUUAAAUAAACAAAUAAAAGAAAAAAAAAGAAAAACAGUAUUUCGAAAGUUCUUGUAUUACAAACAGUGAGAAAAUGAUUUACAUCAUUGUUAGCCCAUUGUGUUGGAUUGCGUUAUCCAUUCCAAUUUGCACAGGCCUUUUAAUAAAAAUAUUAGUUUUAGUUUGGGGGAAUUAUGUCCUCUUCAAAAUAUAAAAUCAUUGGAGUCCAUACUGAAUAAAUACGUUUAAUGGAUCCUCUAAGAGAAUAUUCAAUUUUCUCCAAUUUCAAAAACAGCAUCACAUCACUAAGCCAAAGUGAAACUAAAGGUGGUUUAUUUGAUUUCCAAACAAGAAAUAUUCUUCUCCGAGCCAAAAGACAUGCAAAAGCGCAUGCGUCUUGACAAUUUUUGGACAUGACCACACCUUGUACAGGUACUCCAAAGAUAGCCAUAUCAAAACUAGGACUGAUAUCCUUAGCAUAUGCCUCAGACCAAAUUUUAAAUAUAGCUGUCCAGUAAUCCAGCAGUCUGGGACCAGCCCAGAACAUAUGAGCAAGGUCUGCUUUAGCAGAGGAACAACGCUCACAUGUAUCAGCUACAUUUGCAUAUAUCUUGGACAGCCUAACCUUGCUGUAAUGAAGUCUGUGGAGGACCUUGAACUGUAUUAAACCCGAGCAUCCAUUCACUCUAAAUAAUGCAUUAUUCCAGGUUUCCUCUUAUAUAUCCACUGCAAAAUACUUUAUCCAGUCUGCCCGGAUUUUGUCUAGAUUAAUAUUUUUUAUUGACAUUAAAGUAUUAUAUACAUUAGAAAUUAUUCCCUUCAAUUGUAAGGGAAUGUUUAAAAUUGUAUCCAAUCCUGUACUGAGAGGAAUGGAUGGAUAUGUGGGACAAUGAUUUUGUAUUAGAUGAGGAACCUGAAAAUAUCUAAAAAGGUGUGUUCUUGGCAGGUUAUAUUUUGAGGAGAGAUUGGAAAAAGGGGCAAAAAAAACAUCAAUAAAAAGAUCGCUAAAUUUGACAAGACCUGAUUGUUGCCACUGAUUGAAGACUGAGUCCAAUUGAGCUGGAAGGAAUAUGUGAUUCUUGCCUUACGAAAAAUAACCAUGGUUUUAUUAUAGUAAAACUGUAGUAACCCAUGGUUUUUUGCCGUGUUGACUACCAUUUGUAUA